AUGGCCUCAGUAGCCAGGUCUCUGGGCCGCUCGGCCUUCUUCCUGGCCCGAAGAGGUCCCAUCGCCAACCCCUCCUACCGCUCCUUCUCCGCCACGCCGCUCUCCUGCAUGCCCGAAGACCCGGUCAUCCCUGAGGUUCGCCCACGGCGCCUGGAGGAUUACCCCAACCUCCCGGAGUACUCGCCCGAGAACUUGACUCCGGAGCAGCGGUCCCUGUACGACAUGAUGUCCCCGGAAGACCGCGCGGCCUUCGAUAAGGUGAACAAGAGCAUGAUCGCCGAAUUCAACGACCCGGAAAAACGCAAGGCCCGGAUGGCCGAGGUCGACCAGAGAAUCGCCGCGAUUGACAAGCAAGUACAGCCCUGGCGCUUUACGGAUGCAGCAUUUACGAAGGGAUUCUGGUCGGAGGAAGAGCCCGAUGAGUUCGGUCUGGUGGAGGAUAUGGACGACGAAUUCAACGACGACGACAUGACGACCAUGGCCUAUGCCGAACUGGAGGAGCACCGUGAGAUCAGAGAAUACGCGCGGAUCGCCGCCUGGGAUAUGCCGUCAUUGAGCAAACUCGCCAAACCCUUCACCCUGCCUCCCGAAACCCACAUCCUCCGCUUCCGCUACACGACCUACAUGGGCGAAGAGCACCCGGCCCAGCACAAGGUCGUGGUCGAGCUGGCCUCCAAGGAUCUGACCCCCAAGCACCUGACCGAGGCCCAGCGCCAGACCUUCCUCAAGCUGGUCGGCGUGCGCUACAAUCCGGACACCGACAUCGUGCGCAUGUCGUGCGAGAAGUUCCAGCACCGCGCCCAGAACAAGCGCUACCUGGGCGACCUGAUCCAGUCCCUGCUCAAGGAGGCCAAGGAAGGCGACAGCUUCGCCGACGUUCCGCUCGACCUCCGCCACCACAAGCCCAAGACCCGCCUCCGCUUCCCCGACGAAUGGGCCAUCACCCCUGAGCGCCGCCGCGAGCUCGACGCCAGGCGCGCCGCCCAGAAGGCCCGCAAGCAGCUGGAGCAACUCCCCGACACCGUCGUCGAUGGGAACCAGAUCAUCUCCGAGGCCAUCAAGUCCCUGCCCGCGCUGACCUCCGCCAUGCCCAGGCUCCCGGGCAAGGAGGACCAGAAGGGCGCCAAGGUCGGCGUGAGGGUCGGUGCUAGACCCCCGCAGCGUAGAAUGCGCUGA